ACCAAGCUAUAAAGUUUUAGUUGAUUAAUUGACUAUUGACGUGCGUUGAGGGGGUGUAGAUGAAAAAGAUGAGGAUUUUAUUUCUUCUCCUACUUGUCAAAAUCUGUAUUUCUGCUGACGACGGUCAGACUGAUAACUUUUGGAGCAAAAUCAUCAAUGAUGGUAGUAGUCAUGUUUCAGAUGAAGAACAUAUAGUGCGUCCAUGUGCUCUGCACGAUCUCAAAUGCAUCCAGCGGUAUUUCGUUCAAAAUUCUCAAUGCGAACUGCCAAGUGGACCUACUCCAGACUCCUAUAGGCUCAAAAGGGUACCCAUGUACUUACCUCACGUCAAUGUCACCUUCAUUCUGACUGAUGCGGACAUCAAGGGAUUCAAGGACUAUAAAAUUGUUGAUUUCUAUGUAAACAAAAAGACGGAUACUGUUCUAUUUGAGGUGGAACUCCACAAAAUAUGGGUGUAUUCUCCAAGAACAAUCAUCACCUACCACAGGAAGGGGAAGGAGCCGUUGGAUUUAGUUGAUUAUGCGUACAUAGAAUACUUGAAUCUAUCGCUAACAUUAACUGCUCCACAAAUUUAUAACAUUGAUAUGUCUAAUAAUCAUGUCUACACGUACGUAAGUGAUGCCCAUCCUAGAAGUGGACUGGGGCCCAUUUUUACACAUAAUAAAGAUGAAUACGUGAGAAGUACGACGAAGCGUCUACUGCACAGAAUCGCCUUAGGCCUUCAAGAAGCCUUUGUGACACAAGGCGAAAUCUUCUUCUUCUUGUUCUUUCAAAGCAAUAUAUGUACUUACUACCGCGUUUUUGGCAAGGACUUCCACCAUGAACAUUCCAUCGUCAGGCCCUGUGCCAUCCAUGAUGUGAGCUGCAUCCGAGAGUUUUUCGCUUACAAUACCCAAUGUUCCAUGACUGAAGGACCAGCUCCAGACCCCUUCAUACCUGAGAAGAUCUCCUUGAAUACACCACAUGCAAAUCUUACUUUUACUUUGAACAAUCCACGAAUUAAAGGCCUUAAUAAUUGGAAAAUUAAGGAGUUUUAUAUCAACAAAGCCACAGGCGUAUUGGUGCUGGAAGUGAGAUUUAGCAGUAUAGUGGUGCAUACUCCAAAAUGUAUAGUCACGUAUUAUCGCAAGGGCAAGGAGUCGUUACAUACAUCUGAUUUCACCGAAAUUGAAUACAAAGACCUAUCUAUGACCUUGACAAUUCCUGACCUCAAAGACCCUCAGCUGUCAGGAGCCCAUGUCUUCACAUAUGUACCUGACGGCAAACCAGAGUAUGUGCUUGGACCUGAAAUCUAUAAGACUGAAGAUCCGGGAUUUCAGAAGGCGCUCAUUGAUGUAGAAUCUAAAGUGGACACAAGUCUUGUGGAACUCUUCGUUACACAGGGUCCCAUACUGUUUUCCAAGUUCUUCCAAAGUAGUAUUUGUGAAUUUGCUCACUAAUGAUAAAACGUUAUCUAGAAUAUUCUUUAU